AUGGCUCCCCGAUUCAUACCCGAACAAGGCACUGCGCCCAACGUCCAUCAUGAUGCUAAACAAGCCUACAACAUUCUAAAAGGCGGCGGAGUCGUCAUAAUCCCAACCGAUGUGGGCUACGCACUCUUGGCCACCACACAGGCCGGAAUCCAGCGGAUUUUCUCGGCCAAAGAUCGUCGGCAGGGCCACAGCAUCGGCAUCAUCGGGACAUACAAACAACAUCGGGACAUCCAUGUGCUCUCCGAGGCCAAGUUUGAGAUGACGCGGGUCCUGACAGAGGACAUGGCGAUGAUUGUCGGGAUCAUUGCUAAAUAUGAUACCGAAAACCUUCACCCACGUUUGGCGGCUCUUGAUCCGGCGACGCUAUCGCAGGUCACGAAGGGCAAUACAGUUAGCAUCGCAGUUCCUGAAGGCCCAUUUUUGCGGGAACUCGGUCGCCUUUGUGACGAGGACCCCCAGGGCAUGUUAACCUUCGGAACUUCUGCCAAUCUGACCGGCCAAGGGCAGCGAUUCCGGAUUGAGGAUAUUGAGCCAAAAGUGAUCAAUGCGGUAGACUUGGUUGUGGAUUACGGUCUGCAGAAAUGGCAAGCGUACAAGCGCGGUGGCGUGAACUUCGAUGCAGAGAAUAUGAAGGUGCUGCGGAAAGGAGCUGGAUACGAAGUGUUUCGCGACAGAAUGCUGAGGUGGUUCCCUCAUUUACUGGAGGAAGCUGGGGUAAGCAUGGAGGAGGAUCCGGAGUACUACACUGACAAGCCGAACAUUGGUAAAUAUCGGUCUCUCGCAGAUUGA